GUAGCCUGUGUUCCGGGGAGGAAUUCGCACCUGCCCUGGCCGAGAGAGGGACGGUCUGAGAGGGUUGAGGUGUCCGGACUUGUCCACAGCCGGGCGGGCUUCUGUGGCUGCUUCUGAGUUGGGGGGGUUGCCGGGACCUCGGCGGCGAGGGCGGGUUUAGCACCUGUCCAGACUUCCACGGGGUCAGGGACUCCGGGUUGAUCCCUCCUAAGUCGCCUGGGCUCCCUGCGGCGUGUCCGACGAAAUGCCCCCCGCAGCCUGACGACCCCCGUGUACAUUCUCAGCGCUGCGCAAGCCAGAGUGCCGAGAAGGCUGAUGGGAGGGUCGGAGGAAGUGAUCGUAAAGCCGAACCCUAAGCGCGAAUGUUCUCCCGGCCCCGCCCCGGGGAGCCCAGGGAGGCUGCUUUAAGCUGGACAGUAACUUGGCUAAGUCCUGGGGUGGAAGCUAGAGAGAGACGAGUGUAGUAAGCUGGGAGUCCAAGGCUGUCCGGUCCAGUUAGGAGGGUAGUGGUGGAGGAAGAGGUUCCGUAGAGCUCUAGAGCAUUGAUACAAUGGAAGUCAAAGGGAAAAAGAAAUUCUCAGGAAAAGGUUCAAAGAAAUCACAAGAAAAAGGAUUUCCAAAGAAAAAUGAUUCUAGUUCUUCAAAGAUGCCCCCAAGAAAAGUUGUUAAGGAUGGCAAAUCUAAAAUCACAUCUAAGAACUUUGAGAAAAGUGCCACAAAACCUGGGAAAAAGGGUGUGAAACAGUUCAAGAACAAGCAGCAAGGGGAUAAAUUACCAAAGAAUAAAUUUCAACAGGCAAAUAAAAGUAACAGGAAGAGAAAAUUCCAGUCUGACAGUACAAGUAAUGAAUCAGCAACCAAGAAACCCAAAUGGGAUGACUUCAAAAAGAAGAAGAAAGAGUUGAAACAGAGCCGGCAACUCAGUGAUAAAACCAACUAUGACAUUGUUGUUCGUGCUAAGCAGAUUUGGGAGACCUUAAGAAGAAAAGACUGUAACAAAGAAAAAAGAGUGAAGUUGAUGAGUGAUUUGCAAAAGUUGAUUCAGGGAAAAAUUAAAACUAUUGCAUUUGCACAUGAUUCGACUCGUGUGAUCCAGUGUUAUAUUCAGUAUGGUAAUGAAGAACAAAGAAAACAGGCUUUUGAAGAAUUGCGAGGUGAUUUGGUUGAAUUAAGUAAAGCUAAAUAUUCCAGAAAUAUUGUCAAGAAGUUUCUCAUGUAUGGGAGUAAACCACAGAUUGCAGAAAUAAUGAGAAGUUUUAAAGGCCACGUGAAGAAGAUGCUCAGGCACGCGGAAGCCUCGGCCAUCGUGGAGUAUGCGUACAACGACAAGGCGAUCCUGGAGCAGCGGAACAUGCUGACAGAGGAGCUCUAUGGGAACACAUUCCAGCUCUACAAGUCAGCAGAUCAUCCAACUCUGGAGAAAGUAUUACAGGUACAGCCAGAAAAACUAGAACUUAUCAUGGAUGAAAUGAAACAGAUUCUCACUCCAAUGGCCCAAAAGGAAGCUGUGAUUAAGCACUCAUUGGUACACAAAGUAUUCUUGGACUUUUUUACUUAUGCAACCCCAAAGUUAAGAUCGGAAAUGAUUGAAGCCAUCCGAGAAGCAGUGAUAUACCUGGCACACACACAUGAUGGCGCCAGAGUAGCCAUGCACUGCCUUUGGCAUGGCACGCCCAAGGACAGAAAAGUGAUUGUAAAAACAAUGAAGACUUAUGUUGAAAAGGUAGCUAAUGGACAAUACUCCCAUUUGGUUUUACUGGCAGCAUUUGAUUGUAUUGAUGAUACUAAGCUUGUGAAGCAGAUAAUCAUAUCAGAAAUUAUCAAUUCCUUGUCUAACAUAGUAAAUGACAAAUAUGGAAGGAAGGUUCUGUUAUAUUUACUAAGUCCCAGAGAUCCUGCACAUAUAGUGCGAGAAAUCAUUGCAGUUCUACAGAUGGGAGAUGGAAACGCACACAGUAAGAAAGAUACAGAGAUUCGCCGCCGAGAGCUCCUGGAAUCCAUUUCUCCAGCUUUGCUGAGCUACCUGCAAGAACAUGCCCAAGAGAUGGUGCUAGAUAAAUCGGCAUGUGUGUUGGUGUCUGAUAUUUUGGGAACUGCCACUGGAGACGUUCAGCCGGCCAUGAAUGCCAUUGCCAGCUUGGCAGCGGCAGAGCUGCAUCCUGGUGGCAAGGAUGGAGAGCUUCAUGUUGCAGAACAUCCUGCAGGGCACUUAGUCCUGAAGUGGUUAAUAGAACAAGAUAAAAAGAUGAAGGAACAAGGAAAAGAAGGUUGUUUCGCAAAAACACUGGUUGAGCAUGUUGGUAUGAAGAAUUUGAAGUCCUGGGCUAAUGUAAAUCGAGGUGCUAUUAUUCUCUCUAGCCUUCUCCAGAGUUCUGAUCAAGAAAUUGCAAACAAAGUCAAAGCUGGUCUGAAAAGCCUGAUUCCCACAUUGGAAAAAAACAAAAACACCAGCAAAGGAGUAGAAAUCCUACUUGAAAAAUUGACUGCAUAGAUUAUAAUAAGAUUGGAUCAGUUUUUUCUUAUUUUGUUCUGUUUUCUCAAUGUGGAAAACUGAUAAUUUAGAUGCUCUGUAUAUGCGUUUCUUCUUUGUACAAGAAUGUAUUUAUAAAAUCAUUUCUCAAAAAGAUUUUUGUUUUUAAUAUUUGUCAUUGAGUAGUAUGAGUAGUUUUGAAUAGUAAAUAACAAAAUCAUAGUACAGAGUCAGUCAUGAGAAAGAUUUAUCAGUGGUGUACGUGGGACCAACCAGAUAGAUAGGAGGAGGGAAUUGCAUGCUCUGAUUUCAGGAAGAAGGACUUUUUUGAAGAGCAGUAGUCUGAGAAGACUUCAAAGAGGAGGUAGGACUUCAGAGGACCUCAAAAGAAGGUAGCACUGUAGCACUGUCAUCCUUUUGUUCAUCAAUUUGCUCGAGCGGGCACUAGUAACGUCUCCAUUGUGAGACUUGUUAUGCCAAAAACAGUAACAAGUCUCACAGUAACAACAAAAGAAGGUAGAUUGUUAUAAAUCAAAACCACUGGGAAUUCUUUGCAGGAACCAAUGAAGUGAAACUUUUGAACUGGAUGCCAGGAAAGCAUAGGGGCUUGGUGGCUGCAGGAGGCUGUCCAGCAGGGAGGGCAGCAAUUCUACUCACCUUAGGUUGGUUUCUGUGCUGGAAGCCUCUUGAGUUCAUUGAGACAUACAGAGGGAAGUGUGCUGAUGAUUUAGGUGAUCAGCAGUGUUGAGGUCAAGGUCACUGGGGAAAAUCUUUGGAACUUCCAAGUGUCUAAGAUCCUUGGAUCCAAGUAUCUAAGAUCUUCUAAGAUCCUUGUAAAAAGACCUUCUCUGAAGGAGACACUUGAUGAAGAAAUAGAAGCCAAUAAUUAAAGUAGAACAGAAGAAAUGCAAAUUGGUUAACAGUGCAGGGAUGUGAGUUAAAGUUCAGGUUAGGGAGCUUGUCUUUAUUUGAAUGGCAAGUAACUCAUUAAAAGUUACAUGUAUUAUAUUAGACUUAGGUCUAUGGAUGAAUUAGAUACUUUUUUUCCUUGUGUUUGUUGUGUUGUAUUUUUUCACAACUCCCUACCCUCAUUAAAUCUCUUUUCAUGUAACUUACUACUAUUAUUAGUGUCCUGGUUUCUUUUUAUUAUGCUUUUUUUUCAUCAUUUUUCCCCUUAAAUCACAUGUGAAUAAAAUUAUCCUGUUUGCCUUUUC